GGACUUGACCCCAAACUCCUUGUCGGCAAGGUUCUCACACACAUACGCCGUUCGACAGGCCAUCCUACGGUCACGCUCUCCUUUGCGGAUGGAACAACUUAUCAAAUUCUUGUCGACGGAUACGACCCCCGGAAUAGCUCGGGCCAAAGCACCGAAUCGUCCCCUUCCUCACGCCAAUGUGUACUGGAGAUGGACGAGACUCUACUGCGCAUGCUCGAAGUACCCGGGCGACAUGUUGUCGACCGUGCAAUCGCGGACUGCGCGUUCAUCCAUCUUGCGGAUAAAGCUUACGAACGUCGCGAGUGGGAACAGAGCUGGCAACAAAGUCAUGUGGCGGUCGCUUUCAAAUUUGCGGAAGAGCGACGGUGGCAUUGUGUAUGGGCCAUGCGUGCCGAGUACGACGAACGAGGGUGCAUAUUCCGUGCGUUUGAUGACGUAUAUCUACAGGCUCUUGAGCGCCCACCGCCACGCUCGCCACAAAAGAUGAAGGCUAGUAAUUCGUCCCCUCGUCAGAAUUUGCCUUCGCCACAGAAGUCUGGGCCGAAGGACCAAGUCCAAUCUUCGCCACGAAAGUUUCCUGCUGCACCUGAGCCGCCUCCGUCGCCUACUGCAACUAAAAAGACGGCGAAACCGUUUCCGAAGACUCCGCGGAAGAAUAAACUUGGAAGGAACGAAAGUUGGAAAAGCAAUACCUAA